AUGUCCGCGCCCACACCAGUGGUGGCAGCGCCCGCUCCCUCCACCGCCGCAACGACACCGGCAACGGCCUUCAACAUCCAGAAAGAACUGGCAUCAUUGCGGCACGAGAAGAAGAACCACGACCUUAACCGUCUCCCACCAUCCACGACGAUCCAACGACGGCCCAUCAACCACGCCCCGAUCGCAGACAUCCACGCGGGCGCGCACGUGCCGAAAUGCGUGUACGUGUCGCGGCACACGCCGGUGAUGGCGGCCGUGAAGCGCGUCAAGAAGAUCCUGCGGGAGAUCGAGCGGCGGGCCGUGCAGGCGGCGAUCGGGGGUGGUACCAGGGGCGGGAAGCCACGGUCAGUGGCAAGAGAUGGAGGGGAGAGAGGCGUGGCGCAGGGCGUCGCGAAGGUCAAUGAGGUGUUGAGGCGUGAGCGGGAGGAAGUGCUGGUCAAGGCCAGUGGCCGGGCGAUGGAGCAGGCGUUGCAUGUCGCUGAGUGGUUCCGCAGUAAAGAGAAAGAGGUGCUGUGCGAUGUCGUGGUGAGGACGGGGAGUGUUAGUGUUGUGGAUGAUAUUGUGGAGGUGGAGGUUGAUCAGGAGGUGAGAGACGAUGCGCAAAAGGAGGGCGAUGCGCUCGAGGACAAUGAGUCUUCAGAGGUCGAGUGUGGUGAGACCACUUUGGAGCUACUGGGUGAUAUCACUACGAGCACGGUGCCACAAAAUUCGGCCACGGAGGUUCAGAGGGAGAGUGAGGACGUGCUGAUGAUGACAGCAGAGGAGAGCCAGCCAGUUCGGGAGAGUAGGAAGCGCAAAAGGAGAAAGAAAUCCACGAGACCCAUGUAUGAUAAGGAUGAUGUGCCUGAAGCUCGUCUACGUUGGGUCAAGACCGUGGAAGUGGCCAUCUCACUGAGGGCAUGA